AUGGAUAAGAAGACCAAGUCAAAUCUCAACAAUACCUUUUCUAACUGGUUCAACUUCAAGAAGAACUUCAAAAGAAAUCCAACCAAUGAUCCUCAUUAUGUGAUACCUUUCAUGAAGGCUCACCGAUCUGGAUCCACAGUCGGAGGCUUUUGGCUCAAUGCCACUGCAACAUGGAUUGAUGUCAAAAAAAACCCCACAUAA